AUGGGCCGUAUAGGGCCCGUCGGCCCGACCCGAACCGUGACACUUCUCCUGUCUCCCGAAAAACACUAUUCGGACAACAAGAUGAUAGACCAUAUCUACUAUGAUAUGCAUACGGGCAAAUGGUGGUGGAGCACUCAGCGGGCGCUCGAGAAACUCAAGCCAGGGGCGACCAUAAUACCGAUCAUUAUCUCAACAGAUAAGACGCAGAAAACGAUGUUCCGCAACAAGGCUGCCUAUCCAAUAUAUCCCACGAUUGUGUCAGGGGAAACCCCGAUGCCGUCACUUGAUCCCAUCAAGCGCCGCGUCUCCGCUCGCGUCUCCGCGCCUCCGCUCGUGUCUCCGCGUCUCCGCACCCUGACGCUCUCCCUCCACUGCCCGCACCACAUCCCACAUCCAGUGAUCCCCAGUCUUCGACUUCCCUGGCCACCCCUUUCCGGGUGUCUCUCCGCCCCGGCGGAGUCACUAUCAGGGAUCACUAAUGCCAUCGGAGACCUCUCCGGAUGUGGACGCACCACUUCCCUCCGAGACCUUGAGCCUAUGGCCUUCUAG